AUGGAUUCCCCAAUUGUGGCACAGCUGUUUCGGCAGCUAUUCCGACACAAGAACUGUGAGGUUUUACGUUCUCAUUCUUCGUUGUCUCCUCGAGCAUGGAAUGGGCAUGGUUCGCAGUUGAGAUGUUUGUCGACAACCAGUAGGAGGGGCAGAGGAGUGAAGGAGACAAGCAAGAAUGAAAGCCAUUGGCAGCAGAGAACGGAUAUCUUUCCGAUAGAUAUGAUGGAGGAAUUCAAUAAGUAUCCCAUGGUUACAGCGGAUCAGUUGAGGGGGAGGAGAGAAAGGCCAAGGCGUGUGAAGAUGCUCACACGAGAUUUCAUUGAAGGUAUUCACAAUCCAGUCGUUAACGUACCGUGUGAUUAUCUGACACCUUCCGCAGAUAGUUUAUACAAUCCUUCUUAUGGUUAUUUCUCCAAGCAAGUAGUUAUCUUUACUCCUGGCGAGCCUUUCGACUUCAACUCCCUCGAAGAUGAACCAGCCUUUCAUCGUCUCCUGGGACAACGAUACACCGAGUUUGAGGACGAGUUGGAUCUCAAGUCUCCUAAUGAGACUCGCCAAUUAUGGCAUACACCAACGGAGCUCUUCAGACCCUACUAUGGUGAAGCUAUAGCCCGGUAUUUGAUCAACAAUUACAAAAUAUCGCAGUACCCAUACCACGACCUCAUAAUCUACGAAAUGGGCGCUGGAAAUGGUACUCUUAUGCUCAAUAUACUCGACUAUAUUCGUGCCACAGAACCUGAGGUCUAUGCCCGCACAAAGUUUAAGAUAAUUGAGAUAUCCAGCAAUCUCGCAUCGCUACAAAAGUCGCACCUGUUACGGAAUGCCAAUUCUCGAGGACACUCAUCUAAAGUUGAGAUUAUCAACAAAUCAGUUUUCGAAUGGAACCAGAUAGUUCCCUCACCAUGUUUCUUCCUCGCCAUGGAAGUUUUUGACAAUUUUGCCCACGACUCUAUUCGAUACGACCCUGUUACCGAAGAACCUCUCCAAGGCACCGUCUUGAUAUCCAACACCGGCGACUUUUACGAAUUCUACACUCCCACCAUCGAUCCCAUAGCAUCUAGAUUCCUUCGCGUACGACACGCUGCUACUAAUGGAAAAUACCCACACCCCCUUCCGCAGAACAGACUAGUGAAGACUUUGAGAAAUAACAUGCCAUUCGCUCCGAAUCUCAGUCAGCCGGAAUAUAUACCUACGAGACUAAUGCAGUUCUUCGAUAUUCUGGCCAAGUAUUUCCCGGCGCAUAGAUUAGUAACAAGUGAUUUUCAUUCGCUGCCGGACACGAUCAAGGGAGUCAAUGCACCAGUUGUCCAGACAAGAUAUAAAAGAAGAACAGUUCCUGUUACGACGCCUUUUGUGCAUCAAGGAUACUUUGACAUAUUGUUCCCUACUGACUUCGCUGUCAUGGAUAAUGUAUACAGAGCCAUCACGGGAAAGUUCACACAAGUGUUAUCACAUGAAGAAUUUUUGAACCGAUGGGCUUAUGUGGAACAGACGGAGACCAAGAACGGGGAGAAUCCUCUCUUGACGUGGUAUAAGAAUGCCAGUGUGCUUACCACUGUAUGA